AUGAGCAACAAAGCCUUUGACCACAAUUUUAAGCUGGUUAUGGUUGGCGACAGUGCCACUGGAAAGAGUAGUAUAAUUACACAGUUCACGGAAGAUGAGUUCAAAGAACAAAUAUCCCCUACAAUCGGAGUUGAUUUUAAAGUAAAAUUUAUGACUGUAAACAAGAAAAAAGUGAAGUUGACAAUCUUUGAUACAGCAGGACAAGAACGGUUUAGAACACUAACUUCUAGUUAUUACAGAAAUUCUCACGGAAUUAUUCUCGUUUAUGAUGUCACUAGACCUGAGACGUUUGAUAAUCUAAAAAAUUGGUUGAAAGAAUGCGACUUGUAUUCAACAUUUGAGGAUUGUGUAAAAUUAUUAAUAGGCAAUAAGAUUGAUCUUAAGGAUGACAGAAAGGUCACUGUCGAACAAGCUCAUAAUUUUGCAAAAUCAAAUAACAUGGUCUACAUUGAAACAUCCGCAAAAACAAAAGAGAACGUAGAUAAGGCCUUUGAGGAAGUUGUUUACCAAAUUCUGAACACGAGUAAUCUACUUGAAAGCACUGAACCAGUUCGCAACAAAGCACAAUCCUCUGACAAUGUCAACAUCUCCAAUACAGAACCCAACUCUACUGACUCGUAUGGUGGAGGCUGCUGCUGGUGA